AUGAGUAUUGAACCUCAAGUGGAAGCUGCUGCUGUUCCCCAACAGGAAAAGCAGAAAAAACAAAAGGAGGGCAAAGAAAUUUCCUCGGCCAAGUCAUCACUUCCUGGGCAGAAAGCGAAGGAUCAAUCCAAAGAAUCGGCAAAGAACCCGGACGAAAUUGGAUCGGCGAAACCAAGGGCUAAAAGAAGUUUUGGAAAAAGGAAACCCAAAAGUAGAUCGCCAAAGGAAUCUGAAGCCAAGGAAGCUGCUCCAGAGAAGCCAAAGGCAGCCCCAUUGGAUCCGGAGAGAGCGGCCAAACUGAAGGAAUGGGUCGGCGAAACCUGGACUGGGACUUCCGAAUGGUUCAAUGUCAAGAAUGGAUUCGGAUUCAUCAAACCGACGGUGGAGGACGAAGAAAAGGCCAAGGAGAAAGUUUUUGUGCAUUUUAAGAACAUUCGGGUCAACGAGAAGAACACUUUCGCUAGUCUGGGAGACAAUGAGAAGGUCGAGUUUACUGUAGGCAUCACAACCAGGGGACUGCAAGCGUUGGAUGUGAGGGGUCCUGAUGGCGCGGAACUUGAAGGACAUCACAUUCGACCUCUCUUUGGCAACAGAAAGAAGUUGCUGAAGUAAGUUAUCUUGAUGAUAAUUCAAAAUAUUAUACUGGCCUAACGUAAUUCAAACUUUUGCAGAUGCUACAACUGCGGUAAAUACGGGCACAAAGGUAGUCAGUGCAAAGAAGAGAGGCUGGAAUCAGCUUGUUAUUGGUGCAAAGAAGUCGGGCAUAAAGCCGCCAAUUGCCCAGAGGCACCUAAAAAAGGAAAUCGCAAGCCAUCUAAAGCAAGUGCGGGGGAUGAAACUGAACCAACCGAAGGCGCCAAGACUACAUAA